CGCGCCGGCAGUAAGGAGUGGCGCCCCUGUUUCUCUCACGCGGCGGCGGCGGCGGCGGCGGCGGCGGCGACGACGACAUGGGGGAGCCCGUGGCGGGGGUGGGCCGCUUCAAGGCCAACUAUGCUGUGGAGCGCAAGAUCGAGCCUUUCUACAAGGGCGGGAAGGUGCAGCUGGACCAGACUGGGCAGCAUCUCUUCUGCAUUUGUGGUACCAAAGUCAACAUCUUGGAUGUGGCCUCAGGGGCCGUGCUGCGGAGCCUGGAGCAGGAGGACCAGGAGGACAUCACUGCCUUUGAUCUCAGCCCUGACAACGAGGUGCUGGUAACAGCCAGCCGGGCACUGCUUCUGGCUCAGUGGGCCUGGCGAGAGGGCAACAUCACCCGCCUGUGGAAGGCAAUACACACAGCCCCUGUGGCCACUAUGGCCUUUGACCCCACUUCCACACUGCUAGCCACAGGCGGCUGUGACGGGGCAGUGCGUGUCUGGGACAUUGUGCGGCACUAUGGGACACACCACUUUCGGGGCUCACCAGGGGUCGUACACUUGGUGGCCUUCCACCCGGACCCCGCACGCCUGCUGCUCUUCUCCUCAGCUGCAGACGCCACCAUCCGUGCGUGGUCACUGCAGGACCAAUCGUGCCUGGCUGUGAUGACUGCCCACUACAGUGCUGUCACCUCACUGACCUUUAGCACUGAUGGCCACACCAUGCUUAGCUCAGGCCGCGACAAGAUCUGUGUCGUCUGGGACGUGCAGAGCCACCAGGCCACAAGGACGGUGCCAGUGUUUGAGAGCGUGGAGGCGGCCGUGCUGCUGCCAGAGGAGCCAGCGCCUGGGCUGGGUGUGAAGUCUGAGGGCCUGCACUUCCUGACAGCUGGAGACCAAGGUGUGUGUGUCCAGGCCAGGGUGGGCAGCAGGGGCUGGGGGAGGUCUGUGCACUGGAGUGCCAGCAGCCCGCGUUCCCUCACAGGCCUACUACGCGUGUGGGAGGCGGCCUCCGGACAGUGCGUGUGCACACAGCGGCGGCUGCCAGGCCCCAGGCAGGAGCUGACCCACUGCGCUCUGGCCCACCGUGCCGGCCUGCUCCUCGCUGUCACUGCCGACCACAACCUGCUGCUCUACAACGCGUGCUCCCUACGGCUGCAGAAACAGUUUGCUGGCUACAGCGAGGAGGUGUUGGACGUCCGGUUCCUUGGGCCCAAGGACUCCCACAUUGUUGUGGCCUCCAACAGCCCCAGCCUGAAAGUGUUUGAGCUGCAGACAACGGCCUGCCAGAUUCUCCACGGCCACACAGACAUUGUCCUGGCCCUGGAUGUGUUCCGGAAGGGGUGGCUCUUUGCCAGCUGUGCCAAGGAUCAGAGCAUCUGUAUCUGGAGGAUGAACAAGGCUGGCAAGGUGGCCUGUGUGGCUCAGGGCUCCGGGCACACACGCAGCGUGGGCACUAUCUGCUGCUCUAGGCUGAAGGAGACGUUCCUGGUGACGGGCAGCCAGGACUGUACUGUGAAGGUGUGGCCCGUCCCUGAAGCCCUGCUCUCCAAGGGCGCAGCCCCAGACGACGGUCCUGUCCUUCUCCAGGCUCAGGCCACACAGCGCUGCCAUGACAAGGACAUCAACAGUGUGGCCGUCGCCCCCAACGACAAGCUGCUGGCCACAGGCUCACAGGACCGCACAGCCAAGCUCUGGGCUUUGCCGCAGUGCCAGCUGCUAGGUGUCUUCUCCGGCCACCGGCGUGGCCUCUGGUGCGUCCAGUUCUCACCCACGGACCAAGUGCUGGCCACAGCCUCGGCUGACGGUACGAUCAAACUCUGGGCGCUGCAGGACUUCAGCUGCCUCAAGACGUUCGAGGGGCACGAUGCUUCCGUGCUGAAGGUGGCCUUUGUGAGCCGUGGUACCCAGCUGCUGUCCAGUGGCUCUGAUGGUCUCGUGAAGCUCUGGACCAUCAAAAACAAUGAGUGUGUAAAGACUCUGGACGCCCAUGAGGACAAGGUCUGGGGGCUGCACUGUAGCCGGCUGGACGAUCGUGCCCUCACCGGUGCUGGCGACUCCUGCGUCAUCCUCUGGAAGGAUGUGACCGAGGUGGAGCAGGCAGAAGAGCAGGCCAAGCGGGAGGAGGAGGUGGUCAAGCAGCAAGAAUUGGACAACCUGCUCCAUGAGAGACGGUACCUGCGGGCGCUGGGCUUGGCCAUUUCCCUGGACCGGCCCCACACUGUGCUGACUGUCAUUCAAGCCAUCCGGAGGGACCCUGAGGCCUGCGAGAAGCUGGGAGCCACGGUGCUGCGGCUGCGGCGAGAUCAGAAAGAGGCCUUGCUGCGCUUCUGUGUCACGUGGAACACCAACUCGAGGCACUGUCAUGAUGCACAGGAUGUGCUGGGGCUGCUCCUGCGGCACGAGGCCCCGGAAGAGCUCCUGGCCUACCCUGGCAUGCAGGCCUCCCUCGAGGCCCUACUGCCCUACACCGAGCGACAUUUUCAGCGGCUCAGCCGGACACUGCAGGCAGCCACCUUCCUGGACUUCUUGUGGCACAACAUGAAGCUGCCCACCCUCCCUGCGGCCCCCUCUGUGGCUCCCUCAGCUCUCUGAAACAUGCUGCAGGCUGUCCUUUUCUA